AUGACACACAUGGGCAGAGCCGCGGACGGCUACCAACGCCCCGGCAACAACUGCCAACAGUUCACACCCAGUUCGCAGUCCGCGGCCUUGCGCACGGCUGUCAUGGCCGCCGCAUCACCUGCUCCGGUGCUCACCACGCCGAUCCAGACUCGACCGCUACAGGGGAAUCCCUUCCAUCCGUUGUUGUGGAACGGCAGCGCUGGGAGAGGUGGUGUGCAGACGAGCUUCUCGCAAAAGAGCCGUGCCGGGUUUACAUUGGGUGUCACAGUCGGUAGCAGUAGCGGGCCGCUCUCCUCGUCUUUCUCUCUCUCCACCCCGCGCUCCUCUUGUGCGUCGGUAGUAGGGUCAGGCGAUGGACGACUCCAGCGUCGGGCCAGCCGUGACGGGCUCGAGGGGUCAACUCCGCCCUCCUCGAGCACCACCGCACACGUCUUGCGGCCGCAGCGGCCAACGCAGAGCCGAAUGCCCCCGUUAUCCUCGUCUCCGCAUGCACUGGUUGGUCUCACCGCGGCGGAGGCCAGCAGUGCUAACAGCACUACCAAGCUAGGCAGAGAGAGGAAGGUGGCGGCUGUCAACUACAACGCUCUUUUUCACCAAGAACUUCAGCAGCCAAAGCCCGAAUCGGACACCGGGGCAUGGCCAACUCCGCCGCUGUCACGACCCACCGGCGCGUUUCAGUAUGCGCAGUUACCGCCCAGCGCCAGUGCAGUCGUGCAUGACACGGGAGGUCACAGUGGUUCUGGAGAAGGAGGGGCUGUAUCACCGCUCCCUUCCGUCACAGCCUUGUCGGCGCAAGCAUGCACUAUGGAGGGCCCGCUUCCGCCGGAUGUGCGUCGCAUCAUCGCCCAGAGUUGCACCGGCGGCAGCAGCGCAGCGGAUAGGAACACUAUCAUUGAUGCCGCAGAGCAACAGGCCCGUCGCCUCAUCAGCACUGGCCGCCGCGUGAAAGUUUAUCGCGAAGAGCUGGCAGCGGCAGAGGAGGAACGCAGGGAUCUUUCCACCAGCGUGGAGGAGCGCCAGCUUGUGCGAUCCGUACUGCAGAGAGAAGUCGACGACAUUAACGCCCGCAUUCAGGCUCUCUUGCAGGAGCGUGCGCUCGUUGAAGUGCAGCUGUGCGCGCAGGAUGAUGCAGUUGCGCGUGAAGGGCGCAAGUUGACUGAGGCGCAGGAGCGGGUGACAAUACUGCGAGAGGCGAUUGAUGGCAUUGUGGAGGAGACUGUGGUGGCGCGGCUGAUGUUGCGGCAGCAAGUACCGUCUCUACACAUCGAAAACUACUACUAG